GACCUGUACCCUCUGCUUGAGGCUGGACGAUUGGACAAACGAUCACGUCUUUGCUGUCUUGUCUCUGGUCUCUGUUGCCGUCAAUGCGCCCUGAUGCCCCAUUUCGUCUGUCUGGGCGGUGAGAAUGGUCCUUUUCCGAUGCCCAUCAGAGGCUUGGACGCCGGUAGGCCAGAAGCCAGUGCUAGCCACUUGACAGGGACUGGUGCAAUGCACUUGGACACUUGGGACUUUAAGUGGAGUGAUGCAAGUUAUCAUAAUCGGGGAAUAUUUAGUCCUGACUUGCCGACUGUGCAACCGCUACGACCCACAUCAUGCCAUUCAGCAGCACCACCAGGACAUCUUUUUUCAGCCGAUCUUAGUGAAGAUAUUGCCCUUAGAUACGUCGGACACACGAGGGAAUACAGGAUUUACGAUGGCGACACAAGCGCCACUUAA